GCCUGCGUACCGCAAAAAAAAAAAAAAAAAAAAAAUUGAAAAGAAACGCCUGUUUCUUUUUUUCCAAACUUGUAAGUACUUUUUCAAAAAUGCCAAUUUAACUCCUUAUUUGUUUACACAUAUAUUUCACUUAAAUUCAAACUGGCUUGUCAUUCUGAAGAUCAGCAGUUACUUAAAGUUAAAAGUGUUGAGGAUUUAGGGUAUUUCAAUAGGACUUCAGGUUAAAUAAUUGCUAAGGACUCUUCCAUAACUACUGUUCUGAGAUCUAUGACCUCCUCCAGUUGGAUGUAUGGUCUCAUACUCGUGACUAAACUAAAUGACACUUCGGUUCCUGAAAAUAAUGAUACAGCUACAGAUCCUUAUCUGAAACCCUUGGGCCAGGUAUGUUGUGGUACUCAGAGAUUAUUGGAUUUUAGAAAGGCAAGGCAGUAUAAAUCCCAUCUAUUUGUAAUGUUCUCAGUAGGGUUUGGGGGCAACACUCUAUCAUAAAACAUUUCUGCAGUGAAAUGUAUAAAUCGACAACAGAGUACGAUUAAGACUCUAAAUAGCUCAUGUCAGUUCAGGUCUAGAUGCGGGGCUACACACCCACCAAAAACAAAACAAAUGAAAACAAAGUAAACCUCAGUUUUCAGUGCUUUUGCAUUUUGGAAUUGUAGACCAGAAGCACUGUUUAUUGAGGGCCAGUGGUGUGGGAGACCCUGCUGGAUGCUUUUUGUCUGAUUUACUCCUCACAACAACCUGUGAAUCAGGUGUUUUCAUUUCUGUUUUCGGGUCAUGAAUCAAAGGUUCAAAGAGGUGCCUCGCCCAGAUCUAUGUGGCUUUAAAGCAUAGCCCUCUCCACAACACUAAGCGGUGAUGUGAAGACAGCACCUUUGCUCAGAUCUGAGCCCUCCCAGCCACCAGCAUUGCUCACCCAAACCACUGCAGCAGCCCCGACUUGGUCUCCUGACUUAUACUCAUGCUCCACUCAUCUUUUCUACACCCACCCCUCAUACUCUGUUCUUUACAUAACAUUAGAGUGACCAUUAAAAACAUAAAUCCAACCGCAUCACCCCUCUGCUGAGAACCCUCCAAUAGCUUCCCACUGCAAUUAGAAUAACUUCCACAAUCCACACCUUGGCCUUCAAGGUCUCUGUGCUGUGGCACCUGCCUACCUCUCAGACUCAUUUCCCACCGUUUCCCCUUGUUCACUGUGCAGCAAUCUCCUUGACCUUUUUGUCAUCCCUCCAAAAGCUGUGCUGGUGCCUGCCUCCAGGCAGCCUCUGCCUGAGAUGGUCUUCCCCCAUAUCUAAGUAUGGUGGACUUUCUCAUCAUCCAGGCUUGAUUUAAAUAUUGCCUCCUAAGAGGGGUCUUCCCUGACCACUGUAUCAAAACCACCUCCCUCGUUUCUCUGCCCCCACCUAUUAACACUCUUCUAUCUCAUAGCCGUAUUUCAUUUCAUUGUAGCACUUCCAGCCAACUGUUAUCCCCUCCUGUUACUUGUUUCUGGACUUGGUCGUCUUCUUUCUUUCUUCAGUGGAAUGCAGGUUACUGUAGGAAAAAAUGGCCAGUGGUCGUUCACCAUGUUUCUAUAUAGAAGAACUUAAUAAGUACCAACAAAGGAACACUGCAGUACUUAAGUAUUGUGAACUAUCUAAGACAGGACCUCCACAUAACUUAAGGUUUACCUAUCAAGUUACAAUAGAUGGCAGAGAAUUUCCAAAGGCUGAAGGUAGAUCAAAGAAGGAAGCCAAAAAUGCUGCAGCCAAAUUAGCUUUUGAAAUAAUUAGUAAAGAACAGAAGGCCGCUAGUCCUUCAUCACUGCAGACAGGAGAUCCUUCAGAAGUACCACCCAUUGAGAAUUACAUAGGCCGUGUUAAUACGAUUGCCCAGAAGAAAAACCUAUCUGUAAUUUAUGAAGAAUGUGAAUCGAGGGACAGUGGGCCCGAUAAAUUUCAUUAUAAAUGCAAAAUUGGACAGAAUGAAUAUGGUAUUGGUAUAGGUUCCACUAAACAGGAGGCAAAACAAUUGGCUGCUAAACUGGCUUAUGAAAAGAUACAGUCAGAAAAUUUAAUGAAAGCUGACGCGUCCUCUGGUUGUUCCAAUACUGUGUGUGGUGAUGUCCAAAGCAACUCUUCAGCGACAAACACAUCUGCUUCUGAAUCACCAUCUGAAAAUGACUUCUCAACAAGUGAAGCGGAAAGCAAUGAUAACAGUGACGCGUUAGACAAGUCUUUCCAAUCUCCAGAGAACAGUUCCAGAAAUAAUCCCAGAAAGGUGAAGAGAUCUUUGGCACCUAGAUUUGACUCUCCUGUGAAGAGGGAAGAAAAAGAAAGAAUGUAUACUGUGGACUCCAGGUUUAUCAGAGAUUUUACAGAAAUAACACCAAUUGGCGAAGGUGGAUUUGGCCAAGUUUUCAAAGCCAAACACAAAAUUGACGAGAAGACUUAUGUUAUUAAAUGUGUUAAAUAUAAUAACGAGAAGGUAGAGCGUGAAGUGAAAGCUUUGGCAAUGCUUGAUCAUGCAAAUAUCGUUCACUACCACAGUUGUUGGGAUGGGCUUGAUUACGAUCCUGAGCAAAGCAUAAAUUCUUCAAGAUCAAAGACUAGGUGCCUUUUCAUCCAAAUGGAAUACUGUGAUAAAGGGACAUUGGAGCAAUGGAUUGAGAGUAGAAGAGACAAGGAACAAGACAAACGUUUGGCUUUGUUAUUCUUUGCACAAAUAACAGAAGGAGUGCAUUACAUACAUUCAAAACAGUUAAUUCAUAGAGACCUUAAGCCAGGUAAUAUAUUUUUAGUAGAGACGAACCAAAUAAAGAUUGGAGACUUUGGACUUGUAACAUACCUGAAAAAUGAUGAAGCGCGGACAAGUAAACAGGGAACUAGGCUAUACAUGAGCCCAGAACAGCUUGCUUGUGUAGAAGACUAUGGAAAUGAAGUGGACAUCUUUGCUCUGGGACUAAUUCUUGCAGAACUUCUUCACAUAUGUUCCACUGGGAUAGAAACAAUGAAGAUUCUUAAAGGUCUAAGGAAUGGCACCUUCUCAGAUGUAUUUGACAACAAAGAAAAAAAUCUUCUACAGCAAUUACUCUCAAAGGAUCCCAAGAAACGACCUAACACAUUGAAAAUACUGAAGACUUUGAAGGAGUGGAGAAAUAUUGCAGAGAAAAAGAAACGGAAUACAUGUUAGAUACUUAAAAAAGUAUCCUUCUUCUGAUACUCCAUUUUCCUAUAACUGUCUAAAGUCUGCUUGGGAAUAUUAAUGGUAUUUAUCUUCUAUUUUCCUUUCUCCCUUAAUUUUUUGCCACAUUUGCAGAAAGGUUUGCAUUUUUUCUUACUUCAAAAACAUUCUUAUAUUUGCCUUCCCCUCGCUCAUCUCCUUAUUAUGAAGAUGGGGGGGAAAUGCCUCAAAUUUUCUUUUUAAUACCAAUUAGUUAAUCAAUUAAUGAAUGACUAUUUAUUAAAUACCUGCUGUUUCUAGGCCAAAAAGAUAUAAGAUCUAUCUCUGUCCAAAAUAGCUAACAAUCCAGCUGGAGAAAUAUGGUAACCAUGAAAAGAUAAGUAUAAUCACUUUGGAAAGCAAUUUGGUAUCAUCUAGCAAAGUUACAUGUAUAUUGCCAUUCCUGAAAAGCCAUCAGUUCCAUUGCUACAUACAUGUGCACAGGAAUGUUCAUAGAAAUGCCGUUUAUUAUAGUCAAAGGAACAGGAAACAACGCUAAUGUGCACCAGAAGAAGAAUGGAUACAUAAAUUGUAUUCACGCACUGGAAUACUAUAUAGUGUUUUAUAGUGAAAAUGAAGGAAUUACAGCUAAAUGCUGUAACUAAAUGCAUGUAACUAACAUGCCACAUCUCUCAGGAACAUAAUAUUAAGCAAACAAAGCAGAUUGCAGAAAAUACUGUAUAAAGUUCAGGAACAUGCUACGUGAAAUGUGUGCUUAGGUAUUCAAACAAAUGCGGUAAAACAAUAAAGGGAAGGAAAGGAUUGAGAACUAUUAUUAUAUUCUGAUAGUGAUUGGCUCUGAGGAGGGAUGGGAGUGAUGUGAUUGGAGAAACGGACUUCCGAGGUAACAGUUAACUUUCUUUUCUUACACUGGCUGUUGAGUCCACUAGUGUUUACUGCAUAAUUAUUCUAUUUCUCUUAAAUACAUUUUGUACCUAUUAUAACAGACACUUUAAAGAGAUGAUAACUAUGCUGUAAGACAGUAGCUGAGCAUAGAAAACAAUCAGUCUGGAGGGGUGAGAUCACUCUAUGCUGAGGACCCAUGGCACAGGGCUUAGAAGUGACACUCCAGUGAGACUUCCAAGUAUGUGAAGGAUUUAGAUGAAUAGAGAGGAGAGCAUUUGGGCAGUAUGGGCAAGGGGCAUGGCAUGCGUUCUGGAAAAGAUAGAUUUGAGGAACAUUGGGUAUACUAGUUUGUUUCCUUGAAUUGCUGUAGGGAAUGCCGGAAAAUAAUAUGAGCUGUAUAUUGGAAGAACCUGAGGGUUCCUUUAAGCUUUAUAGCAUCCAACUACCGUUCUAGAAUUGUCGUAUAAUUUUACAAUUUUUAAAAUGAGCCAAAUUUAGGCUUAGCAGAAGAAUCAUAGUAAUAGAUAAUAUUUUUGUGAAGGCUUAUAGCAAUUUCUAAAAAGUGUUACUAAAAGCAUUUAAUAUGGUCUUCAACUCCCAUGCAGUAUUUGAUUAAGGCAAGGUUCAUCAAUGGAUACUAAAAUUAUUGGUUGAAAAGGCGUUGGGAAACAGGAGCCUCAAAAGGAUUUAAAUAUAGUCCGACAGAUGAUAUUACAAAGGGGAAAAUGUAUCUUUAAAAUGGAAAGCUCUUAUCACCACAAUAAUAAAGUAAUUAAAUUUAGUAUCACUGAAAGUGGAAGAACCUAACAUCAUGACCCUCCUGAUGUGAUGUAAGAAUUAUACACUAUCACCUAUUUAGUUUUCUUGCCCAAAGUGUUUAACUGGAAUUUAAUCAUGAGGAAAUGAUUAGACAAAUCCUGAAAGAAGUCAUUUGAUAAGGUAAUUAACUUGGAUUUCUCAAAAAGUCAGUAUCAUGAAAAAAAAAAAAGUAGGGGAAUUCUUCUAAAUACAGAGAGACUAGAAACAUAUAAUGACCAAAUGCAAUGACCAAAUGCAAUGCUUGAAUCUUGAUUGUAUACUGGAUAUAAAAAAAAAGAAAAACCCAGAAAAUAGCUAUAAAAGACAUUUUUCAGGUAAUUGAGAACAUUUGAAUAUAGACUGCAUAUUAAAUGAUGUUAUAGAAUAAUUGAUAAUUUUCUUAGGUGUGAUAAUGAUAUUAUGGUCAUGCCAGAAAAUGUCUUAUUCCUAGGCAAUGCAUGCAGAAAUACUUAGGGGUGAAGUGGCAUGACAUAUGCAACUUCCAAAUGUUCAGCAAAAAUCAAUGAUAAUACAUAUAUAUAUAGGAAGAUAGUACAUAUAUAUAUAGAAAGAGAGAGAGGAAAUGUGGCAAAAUGUUAACAAUUGAAAAAUUGAUAAAUCUAGGUAGACAAUAUAGAAGUGUUUCUUGUAUUAUUCUUGGAGCUUUCCUGUAGGUUUGAAAUUUUUCUGGGUGGAGAGAAAUCUUUUUUAAGAAACUGAUAUUAUCUGGAUUUGAUGAAUAAGGCUAAACUCAAAAGAAAAACCAAUGAAUGUGGCAAAUUAGUGUGAAUGUGGCCUUAUUUUUACCUUCUUUCAUUUUUUAAAUUUAAGUAUAGUUGAUUUGCAUUAUUAUAUUAGUUUCAAGUGUACAACAUAGUGAUUGAAUACUUUUAUAUAUCCUUCUCUCACUUUAAUAUUUCUACUACUAUGAAGUAAAUAAAGCAUCCCUUGAUGCUUUUAUUUAUUUGAGUAUAUGUUUUCUCAGCCUCAAAACUAUAGUAAAUAAAAAGUAUCCUCAGG